AUGACAUGGGAAAGAUAUCUCAUCAUCUUAAUAGGCGACAGGAGAGGGCCACGCCACUCUGUCUAUGACCUCUGCCACCCUGAGACUCCUGAAGAUGCACGAUAUUUGCCGCCAGACACGGUCAUCUCGUCGUCUCACAAACCGCAUGAGCUAGAGUAUAUGCGCCUUCAGGGUGUCUUCUCUAGGCUACCGGACGAUGUGUGCGACGAGUUAAUACGCUGCUACUUCCAUCAUGUCCACUUCUUUCUACCAAUAAUCGAUGCACCCGCGUUUCUAAACGAGUACUGCAGCAAUGGCUCUCGGAAUAUUAGCCUGCUGCUCUAUUGGAGUAUUCUGCUGGCUGCUGCAAACUUCGUCGAUGCGGAUGUUUUACAAAAAGCAGGGUUCUCUUCUAGAAAGGCAAUGAAGACUGCCAUGUAUGAACGCGCCAAGUGUCUCUAUGACUUCGAUCGAGGGACAGAAAAACUGGUGCUCAUUCAGUCCGUCAUCCUAUUGGGAUUCUGGUAUACUGACCCUCAGGAUCAUACUGGCGCCUGGUACUGGAUAGGCAUUGCAAUUUCGCUCUCGCAGAACAUCGGACUCCAUAGGUCUUCGCGUUUGGGCAGCCGUGCACCGCAGAAGUCUUUGCCAGCGCGAGAAUCCCUCAUGCGUCGCAUCUGGUGGGCGUGCGUAGUCAGAGAUCGAUGGGUUUCGUUGGCACGGGGCCGUCCUAUGCGCAUUCAUAGCGAAGACUGCGACACGCCUCUUCCUGUGGUGGAAGACAUCAUGAAUGAAUUAGAGUCUGUUGUUGGCCGGGCGCGAAGCCAUUUUGUGCCGGUGGAAUCCAGGGCCUUGGCCGAGAUGUGGAUUCGGCUUGUGCGCAUUUGCGAUACGUUGGGCCACAUCUUAAGAGUCCAUUAUUGUGUGAAUGGAGGGAUACCCAGUAUAACGGAAAUUGACAAAUAUGCGCAAGAGUUACAGGCCUUGGCCCAAGAAGACGCCGUCCCAGUUGACUCUAGUGAGAGUUUAAGCAUCAAUGGGAUCCAAAUCGAUUUACUGUACCAAGCUACAAUUGCAAUACUCUAUCGACCAUACGUAUUGAAUCGGUCUACUCCUCUUCCAUCUGGAGCGCAUUCACUGUGGCAAAAGAUUGCAACGAGCCGAGCCCGCGAAGCUGCAUCAAAUACCAACGGACUGCUGCAGAGUCUCAUUGAAGUGGAUGGUAUACGAUAUUUGAAGCCAAUGAUGAUUACCGCGAUGAUCCCCGCUAUGCAGAUUCACCUUUACGACUGCAAGUCCUCAAACGCAUUGACCCGCGGUCUGGCGGAGAACAAGCUCCAACUUCACAUGCUGGUUUUGUCAAACUUGAGAGAAACAUACUGGAGCGCCGACGUCACGUAUCGACUUUUUGAUCGGGCUCAAAACAUACUCAAGGAGUCGAAUUCCCAAGUGGAAAAACCACCUAUCAAGAACGCCGAUAACAGUCGAGAUUCCACGCAUCUACAACAAUCACAGCCGCAAUUGUUUCCACCGACCGAGCCACCCUUGCUUCCGACUCCAGAACCUACCGUCUUGGUAGGUGAACAACAAUAUGCAAAUACAUGGUUCAAUGGUUCGCCACAGUUUAGAGACGUUGAUCAGCUAUUGAGCCCAGGGUUUUACCUUUCUGAGGAUGGCUUCUCAGAGUUCCUUCUUAGCUAUGAAGAUGCCGUUGUCUACGAUCCACUUGUUUUGGGAUGA